UAAAAUUUUAAGAAUGAAAGGUGUCAAUGUGGAGAACUGUCAGAAGUGUCGAAUGACGUUAUUUGAUUACAAAUAGGAAUAAAGUAUACUCACAUAUAUUUAUAUAUGUAUAUAUAUAUAUAUACAUAUAAAUGUACAUAUUUAUGUGAUAAGAGGAUCAUAUUAUUAUUUGAUGGUAUAUCAAAAGACGAAAUAAUGAAGAUGAUACAAUCGUUAUACAUAGUAUUACAUAUAUGAGUGUAUUAAAGUUAUAUGGAUAACCUGCCUAUCUAUUACAAUCAUUAUCUCAUCGAUUUCUGAUUAAUUACAUAUCAUGUUUAAGAAAUGUUUUCUGCGUUUUUAAUGGUAUUAUGUGUAUUUUACUAUGAAAGCAAAUAAUGGAGGUUUCCGAGACGCGAAACCUCGUUAGAGAUUUAGAUUUGACCCUUCAACCCCGUAUCGCACCACGAUAUAAAACUUGGCUACCCUUUGCUACACAGCAGUUGAGACUUAGAAGUUUAAUCCAAAUAAUUGGAUAUAAAUUGAGGACAAAUGUAAAUACCGAGAUUUGUUGGUUUUAUUACACUUUGCAUAGAACAACUAUGUCAUCUCCAAUAUAUACAAGCGAAUUAAUAGAUAAUGCGAAUCCUAGAUGGUCUAGUCUGGAAGUCCCUACUUUACAUGCCACAGGUUACUCAUCUGCCAGUGAAAUAAUUCUAAGGCUAUGGAAAAGAACAGCUGUCGAUAAUAAUACAUCUGACGUUACUGUGUUCACAUGGGGUAUUUCUUUCACUGGCCUGGCAUAUAUUGGUCCUAAAUUACCCAACAACUUGGAAAUAAUUCUAAAAGAAAAUUCUAUAAUUUUUUACUUUAAUGGUGGAUUUUUUACACCUGCAUAUUGUUUUAUAACAACACCAGAGUUGAAAAGAUAUCUCCGUAUAAAUGUUAAUGCAAACGAAGUAAAGGAUAGCUAUACUGUAAAUAAAUUGACUAGUCUGAGAAGCAAGAUGCAAGCACUUAAACAACAGACCAAUUCAGUGAUAGCUUUAAGAAUGCGCAUUGCCUCUGGUGAUAAUUUUCAAACGCCAAAAUAUCCUCAAUCUUCUUUAAACAGAUUAUUUCAACCUCGUACGGUAAAUAGGGAAAAAAAAGCGGAAAUACUUAAAAUACGUAAGGAGUUAGAAAUGGCCAAAUUUAGAACAAAACUAUUAGAACAAGAAAGGGCAAGAAAAAUGGGAGAAUUAAGGGUAUUAAACCAAUUGCAUGCAACUAUUGCAGAAGAAAAUCAAGAUCAUGGUUCUGAUUUGAUGGAAAGAUAUAGAGAACUUAACAAAGAUAUUGAAAGAUUACACGAAUGGCGUCAAAGUCAUGUAGAUACAAGAGAAACUUACAUUCAAAUGAGCAGCCAACUGGCUCAUCGUCGGCGUCAGUUAAUUUCGGAAUUAAGCUUAAUUUAUCCUGUUAAACAGGAUAGCAAUGGAAAAUUCACAAUACAUGACAUCCAUUUACCAGAUAGUGAAGAUUUGGAAUUGUCAAAUGAUACACAAGUAGCUGUGGCAUUGGGUUUUGUGACACACACAACACAAAUGAUCGCAAAUUUUCUCAAUAUACCUACCAGAUAUCCUGUUAUACAUUACGGUUCUCGUAGUAAAGUUAUUGAUCACAUUAUAGAAAACCUUCCUGAUAAUGAUAGGCAAUUUCCAUUAUUUGCCAGAGGUAAAGAUAGAUUACAAUUUCAUUAUGGUGUUUAUUUGUUAAAUAAAAACAUAGCACAAUUACGCUGGUAUUGUGGUCUUCCUACUACUGAUUUAAGAGCAACAUUAUCAAAUUUAGCGACCUUAUUAAAAAUGAAGCCAAACCAAUCACAUUUGGACAAUUCAAAAAGAACAUUUUCUACUUCAUCAUUAGAUACAGAAGUAGGUAACGGUAAACAAAAUGUUCCUCUUACACCACCAAUACAGAAAAUUAUUUUUGAAAAAUGCCAUAGAUCGUCGCGAUCAAUGGGCCAAUUAAAAUCAAUAAAAUCCUCCCUGGGAUCUUCGUUAGAUCAAGGUCUAGAUAAACCUGUACAGCCUCUUGUUUUAGGUAGUCAAUCGAAACGAAUUUGCAAAUCGGAAGAAAGUGCCAUAGAUGACAGAACAUUAAUGUUAGCUAGAAACAGAUCUGGCAAUAGCAGUAAUGAAACAUUAAAUUGUACCACUCUGACUAAUACUAUCAGUGCAAAUGUAAGUGACGAUUUUCUUCAAAAUAAUGAUAAUGUUACGAUCGACAGUAAUAUUGAAAUAACAAUACCUACAUCUGUUUCUAAGUCAGCAAAUGUUACUGAUAGUUUAGAAGGUUCUGUCAGUAUUAGGGAUAGGAGUUCAAAUUCUAUAAGUAGCUGUGAAAUGGCCUUAAGCAAUAGCCAAAAUGAUGGAGAUGAAAGCCCAAAUGAUAAAAAUACGAUCAAAAAAAUGGAAAAUGAACAAAAUAUUUCUUCAAAUCAUGACAAUGCAAAAAACAUUGGAGAUAGUGCAAAGAAUACAUUGAAAAAUGGAGAACAUACGGAUAUGUUACAUUUAGAAAAUAAUAUUUCGGAAAAUUAUUGUACACAUUAUUAUGCCCAAAAUGAUCAUAAUUGUGAUGUUUUGGAACAAUCUCCUUUCAUGAUCAGUUCAUGUAAGGAACGUAUUGCUAAAUCCUGUUUAUCUCUAGAUGAUAUAAUAGGAUGUACUUAUGAUGAAAAUGAAAAGAAAGAAAGAACAAAUUCGAUUUGUAGCUAUACAGAAAAAUGUCACUUAGCCAAUAAAAAAACAUUAGAUAAACAAUUUUCUUCUCAACUAAGGCCAAAUGAAGAAGUAGAGCAACAAAUUGAAAAAUGGUCAGAAGAAAAUGAUGAAGAUAUCUGUGUUAAACAUAAUGCAAUGCAUAAAGAUUCUAUAGUAGCAACACAAAAAUGUGACAAUACUAUUACUGAAUACAACUGUAUGCUUGAAGAAAAAGAUAAGCAAUGUGAUUUUCAAGCAUCAAGCGAUUAUAUAGAUAUUAUUAGACGCAGUUCAGAAGAUGUUUAUGCACGUACUGAAGCCUUAGCUAAUAAGAAAACUAGCUUCAAAGUUAUGAAACCACGGCUGUAAUAUUUAUUAAUUCAAAUAUAAAGUUAUUGUAUAUGCGAGUAAAUCUUGUAAAAAAAUUCGAAAGAGUUAUUUAGUACAUAUAAAAUGUGUUAGGAUCGAAGUAUGCAACUUUGAUCAAGUAUAUCUUUAUUAUUGUUGCAGAAAGAAAAUAGUAAAAGAGAGGAGGGGGGUUGCAUUGUUUUAUAAAUAUUAUUUUCUUAAAACUGUAAUCGCCGUACACAUUCGAAUACAACUUUAUAUCAUAAAAUGAUAAUAUAAUCGUAGUACUUUUUCAUAGAAGUUGCAUAAUUAUAAUACAUUGAGAAUCGUAGAAAAAAAAUCAUGCGAUUCUAUUAAUAAUAACUUGAUAGUUUUUUCUAUCUUUAAUAAUGUUCUAUAGCUUGUUGAAUUACACAAUUCAUUCUGUAUAUAUCUACAUAGUAUUUGUGAUUUAUAUUUUAUUUAUUAUCUCUUCAAUAAUUAAUAUUUUAUGAAGCAGAUGAUAUUAUGUAUAUUUCUAAAAAAAUUUCAAAUUGUUUUUCUGAGCUUCUCAGCUAUGUUGCGUUUCUCCUUAUAAUAUAAAGAAUAAUAUAUAAAAAUGUAGAUUUUUGAUUUUAAGAUUAUUUAAAGAUUGGAUAAACUGUAUAAGAGGACCAACCAAAGUUCUGAAGCAUUUACCGAAUGUGAUCAUAAUUUAUUAGAUAAAUAUUACAUUUAUACUUGGAUUUAUUAAGAUGAUUAAUGAAAUUUUUUAUUUAAUCUUUCUUAAUUAAGAUGAUAUGUUAUAAAUAAAACGUACAUGUUUCUUUUCAAGUUUUAAAUGACAAUUAAAUGUUACGAAUAUGCCUAUAGUUUUUUUCUUUUCUUUUUUUUUUCUUUUUUUAUAUAUAUAUAUAUAUUUAACACAAAUAUUGCAAUAUAAGAAAAAUACAAAAUUAAAGCAAGAUUGUACACAUA